AUGCCAGCAAUGGUUUCCUCAAGAUUUCUAUUCUUCCUGAUUUAUGCCAUUCUGUUACUAAUCAUGAUCACUCAAGCCUUUGCUCAGCCUGCUUUUCUGUACCACUUCUGUAUAAACAACAUAGGAAACUACACCAACAAUAGUACCUAUCACAAAAACCUCAACACCCUUCUCUCCUCCCUGCCCUCUGAUGAAAACGGUAACGGCUAUGGCUUUUACAAUUCCUCGUAUGGCCAGAACUCAGACGACCAAGUUUACGCAAUCGGACUCUGCAGAGGAGAUGUCAAGGCGGAGGAUUGCCGCAGUUGCCUCAACAACUCCAGAUAUGCUCUCACGCAGCUUUGUCCAAAUCAGAAGGAAGCCAUUGGUUGGUACGACAAUUGCAUGUUGCGCUACUCAAACAGCUCCAUGUACGGAGUCGUGGCAACUAUGCCUUCUUUCUACAAGCGCAACUCACAAAAUGUAUCUUCGUCGGGCGUGGACGGGUUCAACCAAGAGCUGAGGAAGCUACUGGAGAGCGUAAGAAGCGAAGCUGCAGCAGGCGGUUCUCUUCGUAAGUUUGCGUACGGGAACGCAACCGCUCCAACUUUCCAAACAAUAUUUGCUAUUGCGCAGUGCACGCCAGAAAUAUCAGAGCAAGCCUGCAGUGACUGCUUGGUUGGUGCUUUUGGAAAAAUCCCCCAAUGUUGCCUUGAAAAAGUAGGAGGAAGAGUUGUUGGACCCAGCUGUAACUUCAGAUUUGAGGUUUACCGCUUCAUUGAGCCUACAUCGAUUCUGCAACUGCCAUCGCCGCCGGCCGCACCGCCAAUAUUAUCUCCUCCUCCACCAUCAACCAAUAUUAACACAGUUUCAGGAGGACCAAAGAGUAACACAUCUCGGACUGUCAUCAUUAUUCUCGUGCCAAUCGUUGUUUGUUUGGUACUAAUUAUAUCCAUCGGCAUUUGGCUAAGAGUGCGGAAGACAAAGAAAAAGCUUACAAUACUUCCAGGCGAAGAUGCAGAUGAAAUUAGAAGUGCAGAGUCAUUGCAAUUCGAUUUUGACACCAUUAGAAUUGCCACAGAUGACUUUUCUGAAGCCAAUAAACUAGGUCAAGGCGGAUUUGGUUCUGUUUACAAGGGUAGGCUAUUUAAUGGAGAAGAUAUUGCUGUGAAAAGACUUUCUACAAAUUCUGGACAAGGAGAUUUGGAGUUUAAAAAUGAGGUCUUGUUGGUGGCCAGGCUCCAACACCGAAAUUUAGUUAGGCUCUUGGGGUUCUGCUUGGAAGGAAUUGAAAGGCUUCUUAUUUAUGAGUUUGUUCCUAAUUCCAGUCUCGAUCACAUCAUAUUUGAUCCAAUCAAGCGCACACAACUGGAUUGGGAUAGCCGCUACAAAAUCAUAGUAGGCAUUACCCGAGGGAUCAUUUAUCUUCAUGAAGAUUCUCGACUUAGAAUCAUCCAUCGUGAUCUCAAGGCUAGUAACAUCUUGGUAGAUGCAGAAAUGAACCCCAAAAUAUCAGAUUUUGGCAUGGCAAAGUUAUUUGUGCUUGAUCAAACACAAGGCAAUACCAGUCGAAUUGUGGGGACAUAUGGAUAUAUGGCUCCAGAAUAUGCAAUGCAUGGACACUUUUCUGUUAAAUCAGAUGUCUAUAGUUUUGGUGUGUUAGUUUUGGAGAUAGUAAGUGGGCAGAAAAAUAAUUCCUUUCACCGUGGAGAAAACGUGGAGGAUUUGCUAAGCUAUGCAUGGAAAAGUUGGAGGGAAGGGACAGCUUCAAAUAUAAUAGAUCCGACAUUGAGGACUGGUUCAAGAGCUGAAAUAAUGAGAUGCAUCCACAUUGGGUUAUUAUGCGUGCAAGAAAAUAUAGCUGAUAGGCCAACCAUGGCUUCUAUUGUUCUAAUGCUGAAUAGUUACUCUGUCACUCUUCCAGUACCCUCACAACCAGCAUUUUUCAGGCAUAGUAGCGUUGGAUCUGACAUGUCUUCUUCGGGAUGGACAAACAAUUCAGGAUGGACAGCCGGGUCAGAUCGAUCGAAGAGCAACUCUGUUGUUAAAGCACCAGAAGAUGAGGUUUCAAUGAUCACAGAAGUAUAUCCUCGAUAA